CCUCACAUUUAGAUGGCAUUCCUGACAUUCCUAUUUAAAAAAUGCAGUUGGUGAAUAUUUCAGGUCAAUUAAGAUACCAUUCUAAAUAAUAGGACUGUGAGAAAUGAAAUCAGCUAAAACAUAUUUUCAAUUUGUUCUUGCCUUGUUAAUACUUUAUUUCUGUCUGUCUGUUGUGUAUGUCUGUUAAGCGAAUGCAACUCUUGUGCAACGCCACACCUUGGUUUCGGUUGAAGGGUCCUUUGAGGACAUGGCUCAAUAGCAUACACUGUUCAUCUACUGCCAGUUCUGUGCAUGUCCAGUGUCCACUGCGAAUGCCUUUGUGGGAAGCAGCAGCUCUCAGACAAUGGAGAGUGAAACGCAGAGACUCAAUCUGAAGAGAGAAGUGGGGAUUAUAGGAGGUGUGUCAUUCAUUGCUGGGACCAUGAUAGGAUCUGGGAUUUUCAUAUCCCCUCAGUUUGUGCUGUCUGCUAUCGGCAGCCCCACGGCCAGCUUUGUUGUAUGGACCUGCUGUGGGUUGAUAUCCAUGUUGGCGGGGCUCUGCUAUGCUGAACUGGGCACAGUCAUACCAGAGUCUGGAGCAGAGUAUGUCUACAUUCUGCGGACAGCCGGAAAAGUGGUGGCCUUUAUGUUUGUCCUCAGCUUCAUCGUUGUCAUGAGGUCUGCCAGUGCCACAGGAAUUGCUCUGAGUUUUGCUGAAUAUGUCGUGGCCCCCUUUUACAGUGGCUGCUCCCCUCCACAACUGAUGGUGAAGCUGGUGGCUGCAGGAGCUAUCAUGGUGCUGACCAUAGUUAACUGCCUGAGCGUCCGCUUGGCCACCGGCAUCCAGGUGGUUUCCAUGGUAGUCAAAUUGAUGGCGCUGGCCGUGAUCAUAUUGGGAGGUGUUGUGAUGCUUUUCCAGGGACACACUGAGAACUUUGAUAACUCCUUUGAGGGAACCAAUGUGGAUGUCAGCUCCAUUGGCAUUGCUUUCUAUCAGGGCUUGUGGUCCUUUGAGGGUUGGAACACUUUGAAUUAUCUAACUGAAGAACUGAAACAUCCAGAAGUGAAUCUUCCCAGGGCGAUUGUGAUCGGCAUUUCUCUGGUGACUGGCUUAUAUCUGCUGGUGAAUGUGAGCUACCUGACGGUAAUGACGCCGAGAGAGCUCAUGUCCUCCAGCGCAGUAGCAGUAACCUGGGGGAAUAAGAUGCUAGGAAGCUGGGGCUGGAUCAUGUCUGUGGCUGCAGCAUUGUCCGCUUUUGGUUCACUGAAUGGGACGUUCUUCAGUGGUGGCCGUGUGUCCUUUGUUGCUGCCAGGGAAGGACACCUGCCAGAUAUUCUGGCCAUGGCUCACGUCCACAGACUGACCCCAUCUCCAGCCCUGAUCUUCACCACUAUUGUCUCUCUUCUGGUGCUGAUCCCUGGAGACUUCCAGAGCAUUGUCAACUUCUUCAGUUUCACUGCCUGGAUUUUCUAUGGCAUCACCCUGUCUGGACUACUCUAUCUAAAGAUCAAGAAGCCGGAGCUCCCGAGGCCAUACAAGGUUCCCAUCAUACUCCCCAUACUGGUCAUCAUUGUGGCAGUAUUCCUUGUGCUGGCACCCAUCAUAGACGAUCCUCAGAUUGAAUACCUCUAUGUGACUUUAUUUAUCCUCAGUGGAGCUUUAUUCUACAUACCCCUCAUCCAUUACAAGCUCUGCCCGGGGCUGUUGACCAAGUUAACAGUAUUCCUGCAGCUGUUGUUAGAGGUCGCUCCAGCAGAGAAAAACCUGUGAUUUGGGCAGAAGAAAAGUUUUUUUUUUGUUGUUUUUCUUGUUGUUUUUGCAAUUGCACUCAUGAAACAUUGCAAUUUACAUUUAAUAGCAACUUAGUAUUACCUCCCGUUUCUCAUUAAAGGUGCAAUGUGUAAGAUUUGGCCAAAUGUUAGUUUAAAACCUUCAAAAAAAUUAAAUUAAUUAACAUUAUCAACAUAAUGUGAAGAGAUUGACAUCAUGUCAAAGACAUGAGUGCUGGAAGUAGGGGGGCAAAGGGCCAUUGGCCCCCCUACUUUACGGCCCUGUCCCACUUUCUUUUUAAGGUCGCGAAUCACUGUUUCUUACCGCAAAUGCCCCUAUAUUGCAACACGGUAAAAAAAGACAUUUCAAUCAUUCCCGUCCACACCGUGCAUUGAAUGUCAAGACUGGAAGGUGACAGAAGUGUUUUUUACUCUACAGAUUCGCUCUCAUUUUAAUCUGGUCAGCAGCCAUCUGCACGGCUCUGUCUCAGCUGUGUCUCAUGUAACCGAAACCUGAACUGAAGCAUCUAUUUACGCUUCAAGUCAAUUUUCUUUUCAACAAUACGUGCGUAAACAUGAGGUUGAUGAUCGAUAAAAAACACUGAAUAAUAUAUUCAUCCACAUUUUGCAACCAGUGAAAUAGAGUGUGCGGUGGAUCUUUAUCUAAUCAUAAUCAACCAUCGUGUUGCCUAAUUCAAAUGGAAUCAAAGUGAUCUGACAUCCAGCACGCUUCAGUUUCAUAAUGGACUGAAAAUAUUUUUUAACUUUUUAACUGGUGGGCUGGCACUCGCCGGGCACAUCGUCCGGUGCGACGCAACAGAGGUCUGCUUGGAAAGGCCCGACCUUGAGUUUUACAGCACCCCUCGCCUGCACCUCGCCGCUGCCCUGGGCCGUGUACUUCUCGCUGCGCAGUGCGCCCUCUCUCCCUGCGGGGAGGGACGGGAUUCCCGGCAGGACUGUCAACCGGGGCAGACUGUCCUCAGUGCGAGGGGUCUGUGGCGAUGUCAGCACCCCGUCUCGUUCACCAUGUUCAACUGCUGUGUGACUUUUGUCUGAUCAAAGACAUUUAUGUAUUGUGUUGCAGAGAUAUCUACUGAAAUGAGCAUGCUAACCAGCUAGCCUCGGCCCAUCCUGUCUUGUAAUACCAAUUGUACCUCGAGAGGCGAUGGUGAGUCGUUGUAGCGUCCAGUCUGCCCUCAGUCCAACAUGAGAGGACGAAGAAGUAGAGUUGCCCCAAGGCCGAGGGCUUGUAAUCACGAUGAUGGUACAAGGUCCGUGCACAUUUUGAUAUUUUGUUUAUUGGAUUAAAUCCAAAGUGGCAGAAACAAGAAAACGACUUGUGUUUUUCGUUUCGACCUCCCCGCCACCGGGGAGCUGCCUUGCCGGGGGUAGACGGAUCCCUAGUUGGCGGCUGUGGCAGCUCAAGUUUGGCCAGUGCAAACCCCAGCCCCGGAGGACUACCCCGACUCCCUGCUGGAUCGGCAAACUUUCUGUUGCUGCCCUUACUCAGGUUAGACCCAGCGCUCCACCAGCCCACUGUGAUUCCCAGUGCUGGGGUAUGUGCUGGCGGAAUUCGAGUUGCUGCAGCCGCUGGCUGGGGGUCUGUCUUCAAGAGCUGCCGCAGGCUCUCACAGUGAAGGUGCAGGUUGUUUUCUCAUUUCUGCCACUUUGGAUUUGGUCCAUUGAGUGGACUAUCAAAGCGUACACGGACCGUACAGCCCCCAGUUAGUGGCACAAACACACA